CGUAUCUAGGCUGACUUUGCCGGAAGUCGGUAGAACGACGCGGAGAUGACGAAAAGGUUCGAGUUCAACUGGCAGAUCGAGGUGCCGGAAGCACUCCGCACCGGCUGCGUCUUCGAUCGUUGGACGGAGGAGAAGGAUAACACUGAAAUCGAGCUGAAUUGUCUGUUUAAAGUCGACGAAUAUGGUUUCUUUAUCUAUUGGCAGAGCGAGGGAAAGGACGGCGAUGUUAUAGAGUUGUGUCAAGUGAGUGACAUUAGAGCCGGAGGCGUUCCUAAGCAGGACCCCAAGUUAUUUGACAAGCUACUUAGCAAACAUGGCGAACAGUUGGAAGAGAAAAGUCUGACCAUCUGUUCUGGUGCAGAUUACACCAAUAUCAACUAUCAGCACGUCGUAUGUCCGGAUCCUGCCACAGCCAAGGUAUGGUUGGAUGGCGUUCGAUCGAUUACGCACAAUGUCAAAGCGAAUAACGUUUGCCCUCUUACGUGUCUGAAGAAACAUUGGAUGCGACUCAGAAUGUUGGUGGAUCCCAAUGGAAAAGUUCCAGUGAAAGUAGUCGCGAGAACUUUCGCAUCUGGUAAAACAGAAAAGCUCGUUUACCAGUGUCUCUCUGAAUUAGGCCUACCUAGCGGAAAGAACGACGUGAUAGAACCUGACGAUUUCACCUUCGAUGCAUUCUACGCACUUUAUCACAAAAUAUGCCCAAGGAACGACAUAGAAGAAUUAUUUCAAUCGAUAACGCAGGGCAAGGCCGAUACAAUUAACUUGGAGCAACUGAUCACCUUUCUUAACGAAAAGCAAAGGGAUCCAACCCUGAACGAAAUUCUCUACCCACUCUAUGACGAGAAACGCGCGCUGGAGAUCAUUAAUGAUUAUGAGCAGAACGAAGUUGCCCGUAAUGAAAGAACGAUGACGAAGGAUGGCUUCAUAAGGUACCUGAUGUCCGAUGAGAACGCGCCAGUUUUCCUCGAUAGACUAGACGUUUAUAUGGAUAUGGACCAAUCUCUUGCGCAUUAUUACAUCAAUUCGAGCCACAAUACAUACCUGAGCGGACGUCAAUUCGGUGGAAGGAGCAGCGUCGAAAUGUAUAGACAAGUUCUACUGGCCGGAUGCAGAUGCGUCGAAUUGGAUUGUUGGGAUGGCAAAGGGGAAGACGAGGAACCGAUAAUCACUCAUGGCAAAGCCAUGUGCACCGACAUUCUAUUCAAGGACGUUAUAUACGCAGUCAGAGACACGGCCUUCGUUACAUCAGAAUAUCCAGUGAUUCUCAGCUUCGAAAAUCAUUGUAGCAAGAAGCAACAAAACAAACUGGCCAAGUACUGUGAUGAAAUUCUGGGUGAUUUGUUGUUGAAAGAACCUCUAAAAGAAUAUCCUUUGGAGCCAGGAGCACCGCUGCCACCACCCAGUGUACUAAAACGCAAGAUUCUCAUUAAGAACAAGCGCCUAGGGUCCGAAGUUGAGAAGCAGGAAUUGGAGCUCUUCAUGCAAGGUCAAUUCGUGAUUGAGGACGAGAUCAAGGAAGACGCCAGUGCGCCGCCGACGGUCGCCGUCGCUGUGGAGCAGCCACCGGUAAAAGAAGAUAAUUCUGAAUCCAUAACGACAGCGGGCAUUCAGCAACAGCAAUCUGGCACUGGUUCGGUGGGAUUUGGAGAAAGCAUAGAGUUGGCAGUUGCUCAGAAUUAUAUCGGAAGUACUACCAAUGUACAUCCGUGGCUGUCCUCCAUGGUCAACUAUGCACAACCUAUAAAGUUUGUCAGUUUCGAUGAGGCCGAAGAAAAGAACAUUCAUCACAACAUGUCUUCCUUCUCGGAAACGGCUGGCUUGACCUACUUGAAAACCUCUGCCAUUGAAUUUGUAAAUUAUAACAAGCGGCAGAUGAGCCGGAUUUAUCCGAAAGGUACACGAGCCGAUUCUUCCAACUAUAUGCCACAGGUCUUCUGGAACGCUGGCUGCCAAAUGGUGUCACUGAACUUUCAAACCGCGGAUCUGCCCAUGCAAUUGAAUCAAGGCAAAUUCGAGUACAACGGAUCUUCGGGCUAUUUAUUAAAGCCGGAUUUCAUGAGACGUGCUGAUAGGAGCUUCGAUCCUUUUGCCGAGAGCCCCGUGGAUGGAGUGAUUGCUACACAGUGUAGCGUUCAGGUAAUAGCUGGUCAGUUUUUAUCCGACAAAAAAGUCGGGACGUAUGUUGAAGUUGAAAUGUAUGGCCUACCAACCGAUACGAUACGCAAGGAAUUUCGCACGAGAGUGGUUCCUGCCAACGGUUUGAACCCCGUUUACAAUGAAGAGCCCUUCCUCUUCAGGAAAGUCGUCCUACCAGAUUUGGCCGCUUUGAGAUUCGCGGUAUACGAUGAAUCGAAUGGCAAACUGCUAGGACAGAGAAUUGUUCCUUUGGAUGGUUUGCAAGCUGGAUAUCGGCACAUUGCGUUGCGAACUGAGGCCAACUUUCCUAUGUCUUUGCCUAUGCUGUUUUGUAAUAUUGAUAUAAAAAUUUAUGUGCCAGAUGGUUUUGAAGAAUUUAUGGACGCAUUGACGGCGCCGCGAGCAUUUAGAAAAUCAGAAAGCAUGUCGCAAACUAAAAUGCGGGGUCUGGGGAUCGAAGAGAGUGAUAGUAAAAAUAAUAUGGAUAACAAAAACAACGUAUUAUCUCAUCACCAAGAAGCAGCAAAACCAAGAGAGGAAAUGAAGUUUGAUCCAAUCACUCUCGAGACUCUGAGACAAGAAAAGGGUUAUCAAAAAGUAUUACGAAAACAACAAAAAGAAUUGGAGUCUUUAAAGAAGAGGCAUCACAAGGAGAAAGUCGCUGUCCAGAAGCAACAUUGCGUAGCAAUAGAGAAGAUUUUUAAAGGGAAAAACAAAGCGGAACUUUCGAGGGACCCCAUCGUUCGCCGUGCAGUUUCUGAACAGACGACCCAAUGGUCGCGUCUCGCCGACAGGCAGCGCCGGGAGGAACGCGAUCUAAUCCGUGGACAUUUGGAAGAGCGACGGACGCAGCUGUGCAAAUUGUGCAUGACCGCGCAGCUGGCGCAACAAAAACAGCAGACCGCGCGUCACGAUCGCGAGAUGAAAGAAAUAACAGCACGACAGGCGAGACUGUCAGUGGAGAGCGCGAGGGAAGUGAUGAACGACAAGACUUUGAAGACACGCGGGAUCAAGGAAGGCAGACUCAGGGAGAAGCAGCAGAAUAAUACGAAAAAGUUCAUGGAGGAGCGCAAAAUCGCUCAGAUGAUACAGAAUAGGGAAAAAGAGAAACUGAAGGUGAUCCAUGAAAAACAAUUGGAGGAGUUGCAAAAGGAUAUAAACGCGAUCAUGGAUAUGUACAAGAAUGAGGAUAUGGACUACGAACCGGCUAAGAUGCUGGCUGAAUUCUACGUGUGAUGAGUGCCAGCCAAGUUCCUCCGCAAAUUUUCUCCAUAGCGAGAAAUACGUUGCGAAGGGGAGGACUAUUUUCAAACAAUUUACUACUGUCGUUAAUUAUACUUGAAAUUGGGAUCAAAUUUCAUUAGAUGUCGUUCUCGUAUCUACAAAUAUCGCAUAUUGUGAGAAAGAAAGAAAAUAAGCAACUACAUUAACGUUUCUAAUUCAUUCAGCCAAGUAUUUUUUUAUAAGCAGACAUUUUAUGUCUCCAUAGUCUCCGAGUACCUAGACUAACGAGGGAGUCAAUACAACUAAAGUGAUCUAGUCAAGUAUUUAAAUAUAUAUUAUACUUAUACAAAACAUAUAUCAUGUCGUGGCUGAUGUGAAAUGGGUGAUGCAUCGCGCGAUUCGUCGAAGUGAAUAUUUUUCGAUUGUUAACGCUAUUGUCGAAGUCUAUCAGAGUGGAAAACAUGUAUGUAUGUAUGUGGGCAUGUGUGAAACUGUUGUCUGUAUUCGUGAAUCGAUGCCUAAUAUUGGGAGGAACUUUCUCUGUUACCGUGAUGAUUCCUAGACCAUACAUACCUUAAGUUGAGAGACGCUCUCACGGUCGGACCUAGCCGAUAAUUCUCGUGAUUGCUGAUAAUGACUAGAGUAUUAUAGAGCGUUUGAGAAUCUCGAGACCGCGCAAUUUACAGUCGCGGACUAUAAUUUACAGAUCGAAGGAAGCGCCUCUUACAUGGCCCUUACAUGAAUGGUCACCUAGGAUUGUAAAUAAACUUCAAACAAGAGCCUAGUAUAAUGAUUACUACGUUGUUGUUUUCAUUAUAACAUAAUGUUAUUUACAUAAAUUAUUAUAUCAUCCUAUACAUAUAUAUAUAUAUAUAUAUCUAU